GGCUUCCUGGGGAAGAAGGUAAUGGCAGCACCAUCCAGCAUUGGGAUAAAAAAAAUAUUGUCCACCUAAUUAUGCCACGUGGAAAGAGAAGACAAAAAUCAGGGUCAAGAGGUGACCACAAAUAUCGUCGGGACGCAGCAAGGAGGAGGAGAGAACAAGAAUCGGAUGAGGCUAGGGCUGCUAGACUCCAGGAUCAGAGAGUCAGGACAAAGAAAAAGAGAGAAAAAGAGACAGAGAAGGAGAGGCAUGCCCGUCUCCAGAAUGACAAGGAAAGGCAGAGGAGGAGGAGAAAGAAAGAGACGGAGGAGGAGAGGCAUGCCCGCCUCCAGGAUCAGAGAGAAAGAACAAGGAGAAGGAGGUUGGAAGAAACAGAGGAGGAAAGGACUGCCCGUCUCCAGAAAGACAGAGAAAGGCACAGAAUGAGGAGGCGAGCAGAGACGGGGAAGAAACGGGAGGAUCCACUUGAGAAUAUGUGGCAAAGAGAAAGUAGUGGGAAAGUUGCAGAGCACAACGCCUGCCUUCAACACCAGAGCCUCCACAGAGAAAGAGCCAAGCAAAACGCACGACUCCUAUGGUGUAAUAUUUCUGCUGAGCUGCAGGGAGGCUCAACUUCGGAGGAACAGAAGCGUGUGGUGGUAUGCAAAGAAAAAGAGGGAACUGAGAAUGGAGGAAGAGACCCGUUCAUUGUCCAAGUCAGGACCAUCAGGGACUUUUUGACCAAGGAUGGCCCAUCUCACAUUAAGAUGGAGUCACAGGAGGAAAUCCACCAACGCUGGGACUCUCAAAGGCAGGAACUCUUGAAAGGAGCGGCAGGAUUUCCCGCAGCACCAUCUCUUUGGGAAGAAGAUGCCAAAGGUUUCCUGGCCUCCUUGGGGAGAGUCAAGGAGGAUCAGAGCUCUGGGAAGACCAGAGGGGAGGCUGUACCACAAAGAGAUCCGAACAUCAGUGGGAAAGCUUGGAUUGGUAGAGAAAAGAUGGAUUUCUGCAUGAAGGUGAAAGUGGAAGAGACUCUGGAGGAAGUUGAUCUGGAGAGCCAGGGGAUCCUACCCCUCAGGCAGUUCAUCCUUCAGGAUGCUGAGGAGGCACCCCAAACCCUGGAGGAUACGAAGCUAAAAUCUCCCAAAUUAGAGGAAGAGGCCUUGGAGAUUGUGAAGGUGAAGCUUCCCUGAAGAUAAAGCAAGAGAAUGAUGGGGUGGCCGACUCCCUAUCAUGUUUUCCUGAAAAUAAGACCGGGUCUUAUUUUCUUUUGACCUCUGAAAUAAGCGCUUGGCCUUAUUUUCAGG